AUGUUCAGCAGCUUGAUUUGGAUGUUUGUCCUGCUCCGCAGCUCUAUAGCAGAUGAAAACUCUAUCAGAGAUGCUGACAUUUUUCCUUCAUCUCCUGAAAUUGAAAGAGGAUCUGCCCUGAAACUAUUUUGUUUUCUUGGAAAACGCUAUACACCUCACAGAAAUGCAAGCCACAUCAUCUGGAAAUUGAAUCAUGAAAUGAUUGCUGAGGAAAACUAUAAUAUUGUGAAUGAGACUGUAUCUAGUUUGACUAUCCAUAAUUUCACUCACAGCAAAGCUCAUGUGAAAUGUUUCACUAAGUACCUUGGCAAGGAGCAACUUUUGGUUCACACUGAAGUUAAAUCUGGCUUUCCACCAGACACGCCAGGAAAUAUUUCUUGCAUUUAUUAUGUUGAUAUUGAACUUACCUGCACAUGGACUUCAGGAAGAGAGACAAAUCUUAAGACAAAUUAUACUCUUUACCGCAAAAUGCUGAGAGGAGGAAUGGUGACUGGUCCAGUGACCCCCUGCCAAAGCAAAACAGAGUCAUGUUCAUUUUAUCCCCCACAUAUUCCAUUUAGUAAUGUUUUUUGUUUUCAAGUGAAAGCUGAAAAUGUUUUGGGUGAAGCCUCAUCAGAUUGUGUUCCUAUACCUAUGGAAGAAAUAGAGAAAAUUGAACCUCCUGAAAUACUUUCAGUUAAAAAUAUCACUGGUAUAAAGCAAUUGCUUACAGUAACGUGGAAAAUGCCUGAGAUCAAGCCUUCACAAGAUUUAAUUUGCCAGGUUCAGUACAGAAACUUGUAUACAAACUCAUCGGGAUUUGUCACAGUCCCACUGAAGUCUGCAGAGAAAACAGGAUCGUGUAAUCUCACAGGUCUGUGGGACUCCACAGAAUAUUCAGUUGCCGUUCGGUGUAGCUGUGUUGAGUCAAUUUUCUGGAGUGAAUGGAGUAGAGGGAAAACAGCAAGCACGGAAGAGAAAGCUCCUUCAGAAAAAGUGGAUUUGUGGAGGGUAAUUGGAUCUUCACACUCAGCUGGGAGUAGAUCUGUACAUCUUCUAUGGAAGCCAUUAAACAGCUUUCCACCUUCUGGGAGAAUUCAAGGCUACAAAAUACAGUAUUUUCCAGAAAACAAUGCUGCACUUAAAAUGACAAAUUUCUCUGCCAAUAAGAAUAUUAGUUUACUUUUAAAUGAAGAGGCCUAUAUAAUAUCUGUUACUGCCUAUAACUCUGCUGGAAAUUCUCCUGAAGCUAUUUUGAGGAUUCCAUCCACUAAAGAAAAAAGUUCUCAGAUUAUUGAAACAAUGAGGACCUUUACAACAAAUGAAGAAGUGAUUGUGGAAUGGGUGGUCUCUGAACCAGAAGUAACUGAAUAUGUAGUUGAGUGGUAUGAGGAUCUGGGGACAGAUCCUUUUGGUAGAUCAUGGCAAUAUGUAUCAAAUUCUACAGUUUGGAAGACUAACAAAAAAAACUUCAAACCAUUUAUAUGCUACAACAUCUCAGUGUAUCCUCUCUAUGGAAAUAAAGUAGCAGCUCCACAGUCCUUACAAACUUACGUUCAAGAGAAAAAGCCAUCAGAAGGACCUGUGGCUGACACAGGCAUUCCGGGGAAAAAUGAAGUUACAAUAAAAUGGAAAGAGAUCUCAAAGGAUAAAAGAAAUGGAUUUAUCAGGAACUAUACAAUAUUUUAUAAACCAGAAGAUGGAAAAGAAUUGAAUGAAACAGUGAACUUUGAUGUCCUGCAGUAUAGACUGAAGUCCCUACAGGCUAAUACGCAAUAUACUGUCUAUAUCGUGGCCAACAACAAAGCAGGUGGAACCAGUGGGGAGCGAAAAACCUUCAAGACUUUGAAAUUCGAUAAAGAUGAUGUUAUUUUCAUCGCCCUACCUGUUGGAUUAAGCAUGUUGUUUCUGUUAGGCCUUUGGAUAACAUGCAUUUUGAAAAAACACACGUUUAAAAAGGUUUGCUGGCCUGAUAUACCUAAUCCUGCAGAAAGCAUUGCGGUGGAAUGGCCUCUUGAUGCAUCUAUGAAUAAUUCGUUUUUGAAGGGAGUGGCAUCUGAGGCUAAGCCCCUAGACUUUGAAGAUGUAAGUGUUUUGGAACAUUGUUUUCCUGAAGAAAGUCAGGAAGAGUCUCUACUAAUGAAAUGUGGAAGCCAUGUUCCUGAAUGUACUGAUAUUAAUACAAAAGACAAGAUAAAUGGAGAUAAAAAGAUACUGUAUAAUGAAGAAAAUGAAGUUCCUAAAUGUUUUUCACCAUCCAUGCCUUAUAUAACUACUGAUGAAGAUAUCAGAAGUGAAAUGCAUUCAGCUUUGAUACCAGCAAAGGAAAUACAACCCAUAGAAAUGCUGGAAGAUGAUUUAUGUGAAUCCGAACAGACUUCAAUUACAAAUGAAGGAAAUUAUAAUGAAGAUGUUUUAAAGCUGGAAGAUUUCAGUGAAAAAGCACUGUUCAAUCCAUACCUUAGAAAUUCUGUUAAAACAAGAGAAUUUCUUAUUUCAGAACACCAUAAGAAUGAGCUCCAAACCCAGUCAAAUCUCUUGCCUCCUUUUCAACAAAAUGUUGCAGGACAGCCCUAUGUAACACUGGACAUGUUUGGGCUGGCCACAGCUCAUUAG